AUGAAGAAAUUUGGGUCUGAACAGAGCAUUUACAUUGACAGUGAGGAAGAAGAUGAGAAAGUUGAAGCUAAUGAAGCUGGGAAUGAGUCUGAUUAUUCAAACUACUCUAGCGAUAAUGAUGAUAAUGGAGAUCAUAGGCAGAGAAAGCCCAGUUCUCUCAAUCCCUCUUGGCCCCAAAGUUACAGGAGACACACUCCCGAGAUAUUACCUUCUUUGAGUAAGCCUCUGAUAGAGGAGGAAAAAUCUAAAGAAAAACGAAGCUCGCAUUAUCUUUUGCCACCUGUACACUCGAGAGUAAAGAAAGUAGACGAGGAUGGUAAAGUAUCGGAUGCUCACGGGCUCCCGAUUUCUCGCCAGUGUUCGUUUGGCCAAGCCGUCUUAAAUGUGGUCGCUUGUCUGUUUUGGGUCGGGUUAGUGGAUCAAGUUGGGUUUGAGACAAAAGGGUCACAAACUCUAAACCUUUCAACACUUCCAGUUGCCGUUGGUCUAUAUGGUUAUUGCUACUCGGGACAUGCGGUUUUUCCCAAUAUUUAUACGUCAAUGGAGAAUCCUCGUCAGUACCCAGCUGUACUUUUAGCGAGUUUUGGGAUUUGCACGGUGCUGUAUGCUGCAGUUGCUGUGAUGGGAUACUUGAUGUACGGUAAUUCGAUACAAUCUCAGUUUACACUCAACAUGCCCCAUGAUUUGGUUGCUUCGAAGAUUGCUUUGUGGACCACGGUUGUUAACCCAUUCACAAAAUAUCCUUUUUCCAGUCUUGUUAUGGCCUUUAUUGGUUCUUUUCUUACAAUGCUAGUUACAUUGAUUCUCCCGUGCGCGUGUUACUUGAGCAUUUUAAGGGGGAAAGUAAGCUUAUUUCAGGGCUCGAUGUGCGUGUUGAUCAUUGGUGUAGGCACGGUUUCGUCGGCCAUUGGCACCUAUUCUGCUCUUGCCCAGAUUAUAGAAAAUUUGAGCUGAUGAGUAAAUUUUUUUGCGGUGUGUUUAUAUGUAGAUAUAGAUAAUUGUGAACAUUGCAUAUUGAUUUAAGUAUGUGCCACAAUAUGAAAACCUAUUAUUUUUGUGUAUUCAACUUUCAAUUCAAGUGUGAUGAGCACAGUUUUGUUUGCAAAACCGUUGUUGGUCAUUAAAUUGUUCAGUGCUUGCACAGUUUUGACAUUUGAAGGGAUAUGUGUUUGUGCUUGUAAUAUUUAAGGGAAUAGUGUCGCUUUGGGAUUAAAUUAUUUUACACAGUGUUACCUG